ACGGUCAAGAGUGUUUCGAGUGCUCAGACGAGCAUGUUAUCCUCUUCUCUGCCUUUCGUCGCGGCGGUGGUGCUUUCCAUCGCCGGACUGUGUUCGUCAGCAGAUAGCGAGCCUCGGAUAUGGGCUCUGCUCGUGGCCGGAUCGAACGGCUACUACAACUACCGACACCAAGCCGAUGUGUGCCAUGCGUACCAAAUUCUCCACAGAAAUGGAGUUCCAGACGAACGGAUAGUGGUCAUGAUGUUCGACGACAUCGCCAACAGCUCCGAUAACCCGACCAAAGGAGUCAUCAUAAACCAUCCUGACGGAUCGGAUGUUUACCGCGGCGUGCCGAAAGACUACACAGGGAACGACGUGUCUCCCCAGAAUUUUCUGAGUAUCCUGAAGGGAGACACUACUGCUCUGAGAGGUAUCGGCUCCGGGAAGGUUAUCGAAUCGACUCCUGAAGAUCACAUCUUCGUUUACUUUGCUGACCAUGGAGCCCAAGGACUCGUGGCAUUCCCAAAUGACUACCUCUACUCAACCGAUCUGGUCAAGACUCUCGUCGACAUGCACAGCAAUAAACGCUACGCAAAACUCGUGUUCUACAUGGAAGCGUGUGAGAGUGGCUCCAUGUUCUCGGGUCUUCUGCCAGAGGAUAUCAAUGUAUUCGCGACGACCGCUUCUUCCCCCGACGAGAGCUCAUACGCCUGCUAUUUUGACGAUCUGCGUCAAACCUACCUCGGUGACGUUUAUUCAGUCAAAUGGAUGGAGGACUCCGAUAUCGAAAAUUUGAGCCAGGAAACUCUUCAGAAGCAGUACUCGAUCGUGAAAGCCGAAACCACAACCUCAGCCGUCCACGAGUACGGAAACCUCACGAUGGGUUCUUCGUUCCCGGUAUCCCAAUUCCAGGGGACAAAAGGAGCGACGGCGGAAAAACUACCCCGGGCCCAUUUGGAUGCGACCAAUGCGAGAGAUGUCCCGGUGGCCAUCCUGAGGAGGAGAAUUCGAAAUUCGUUUGACGAAGACACGCGUUCGAUAUUGCAGAAAGACCUCAAUCAAUUGCUCCGAAAUCGAAUUUUCUUGAGGAACAAGGUCACCCAAAUCGCCAAGAGUCUCGGCGCCGCCGAAGCGCUCCAACGCAAAUUGACUUUGAAAGACCACACAUGCUACCGUCAAGCCGUUGAGAGGUUCCACAACAUUUGCUUCAAUCUGCCGUCCAAUCCUUACUCACUGGGAUUCCUCAGGACUUUCACCAACCUCUGCGAGUCCGGGGUCAAGAUCGGGGACAUCCUCAGCGCCAUGGACUCCGUGUGUAUCCAUCCGAAGAUCGUCGGCAUUGUCUAGGUUCUACGCUCGACGCGGAGCCUAGUUUCGAGAUGAAAGCCUUAACAUUCCCGAGCUGCCCACUGUAUAUUGGAGUUAUCAUGAUAACAAAAAGACUCGCUUAUAUGUAUGAUUUGAAAAAAAAGUUCGACUGCGUUUACGAGAAGAA